ACGCAGCAGAAGCUCUUCAAAAGCUUUGCUGUAGCUUUGUACUCAUAGAUGCUUUUUUAGAUUUCACCACUGUGAUACAUUAAGUUGUAGAGGACUCUUCCAUUGUUUUCACUGAAUAUAAUCAAGGAGUUUUUUCAGAAGACGUCCUGAUGGGGAAGAGAAAUGUCUUUUGAUAGUUGUUAAUCUUGAAGAAUAUUCUUAAUUUUCACUCAUACUCAACUGUAUCCAGUAACUUAGCAAUCGUCAAAGAGGAUAACGUUGUUCUUUUCUAUGGAUGGACAGACUUGUGACAAAUCCAACACCUGGACUCAGCUGUAGCCAACUUCCUACUUCUUGUUUUCUUUGCGUCUGUGCCUAAGUCUCCUUCCAAAUAAUUUCCUGGUUUGAUGGCGCUGCUGGAGCACCUGCCUUGUGUCCGCAUUGACCCUGCCCCGCUCAAGCCUCCGCCAAUCAACAGGAACAAGGAUGAGAGAGCCCUAAGGUUUGAGUUAGAACGCCGGGCCUGUCAGAGUCUCAGACAAGUUCUCCAGCUGAAGCUACAACAGAGAAGGUCCAGAGAGGAGUUGGUCAACCAGGGGAUCAUGCCGCCUCUGAAAAGUUCAGCUUCCUUCCACGAACAGAGACGGAGCUUGGAACGAGCCCGGACCGAGGACUAUCUCAAGAGGAAGAUCAGAAGUCGACCGCAGCGCUCUGAACUAAUCAGGAUGCACAUCCUGGAGGAGACAUCAGCAGAGCCGUCACUUCAGGCCAAGCAGCUGCAACUAAAGAGAGCUCGCCUUGCCGAUGAUUUGAACGAUAAGAUCUCCCACCGGCCGGGGCCCAUGGAGCUGAUCCACAAAAACAUCCUGCCUGUUCACUCCAGCAUUAAACAGGCCAUCAUAGAGUUUCCGAAGGCUCCAUGUGAUAACUCGUCAUGUGAUGAGGACAGCAAUUACAGUCUGUCUCCAGAGCAGCCGGUGAGCCAGGAGUCUCCUCUGGGCCUGUUACCUCCGCCUUCUCCUCCAGAGACGCUGGCUGGAAGCCGCAUUCCGUCUCCAACACAGGUGUCUCCACCUACUCCUUCUUUCACACCAAUCUCUGGAUCCUCCCCCUUAUUUAAGCUGACCAAUGGGACGGGAGUAUCAUCUGCCCAGAGGACAGGGGCAACUUCACUGAUAAAGUCCCAGCCCAAACCAAGCUCCGACCGCUCCGCACAGAGACACAAAAAAACAAAGGACAUCAAGCCAAAGAUUAAAAAGUUAAAGUACCAUCAGUACAUCCCACCUGACCAGAAGGGAGAUAAAGAGCCUCCUCCCCAUCUGGACUCAUCGUAUGCCAAAAUCCUCCAGCAGCAGCAGCUCUUCUUGCAGCUCCAGAUCCUCAAUCAGCAGCAGCAGCACUAUAACUACCACGCCAUCCUGCCGGCACCACCCAAAGCUCAGACAGAUCAGCAGCCACCUCCCUCUUCCUCCUCCAAUUCCACAACCACCUCCUCCCCACCUCAACCUGUCGCUGCCCCCUCAACAGCCCCCUCUAACCCAGGCAGUCACAGCCGUCACACAUCUGCAAAACCAGUGUGUCUGCCUCCAAACCUGGAUGAAAUGAAGGUCGCGGAACUGAAGUCCGAGUUGAAGCUGCGCAGCUUGCCAGUCUCCGGCACCAAAAACGACCUCAUUGAGAGGCUGAGGACCUACCAGGAGCUGACUGGAGGCAGCGACACUUCCUCCUCUUCGACAGCAGGGGGUACCACAGGGCCGGGGGCGGAAGGAGCAGGAAAAUCCUCCAAAUGUGCUGCAACCUCCAACAGCAUCACAUCACAACAACAGCAACAGUUUCAGUAUCAGUGCCAUCAGACGUCUUCUGUGACCGCUGAUGCAGGUAGCAGUGAGACCACUCCUCAGCAACUCCUGACCUGUAGCGGCAACAUCUCCCCCCCAGUCGUCUCACUCGCCCCCUCUGACCGCUCACCAGGCGCCAUGAGCCCAGAGGAUACCAGCUUUAGGAGCGACCCCAUGGGGGAAAUGAUGAAUUCACCUCUCAGACAGGUGAACCUUCAGCCAUGUUCAGCUGCUCAGCUUCCAGCCAACAUUAAAGAGGAGCCAAAGUGUUCCACCCCAGCACCCUGUCAGUUCUCUGUAAAGCCCGCCUCUCUGCAGAACCAUCCCCUGGUCUCAUCAGCUGCCCUCACCGCUACACCCACAGCUCCAGCAGUGACCGUGGACAAAGACAGGAUGCUGCAGCAGAAAGACGAGCAGAUAGAGAAGCUGACCAGGAUGCUGAUGCAGAAACAGAGGCUGGUGGAGGUGCUGAGGUGGCAGCUGGAGCACGGGAACAGAGGAGGAGCAGAGCCGCUAGUUCUUGUAAGAGUUAAACAAGAGCCUCCUGAUAAGCCCGGUGUCCCUCUCUCAGCCCCCCCUCCUCCACCGUCAUCUGUUUCAUGUGAGAUGGAUGUUAUCAAGGUAACUGUCAAACAGGAAGCCAUGGAGGCAGAGGAAGGUGCAUGUGAGUCAGCUAUCCAAUUACCAAACACUUGUGGAUUACAGCAGUCCUCAACCCGAACGCAGAAGGCGCAGGAGCAGAUUCGGCUCCAUGUCAAGCCGCAGCAGACGAGCUCACAGACAAAACAACAGCAUGUACGUCUGCAGCAAACCACUCUGCAGCUGGCCCAGCAACAGGCCAUACAGAAACUUUUGCUCCAGCAGCAGCAGCAGCAGCAGAACAUUCAGAACCAGCAGCAGACAAUUCAGAACCGCGGUCAGACAGUGGAGAACCUGCAGAAACUUUCCCAGCAGAGAAAGAAGAAAUCUCACAAACAGCAGCUCAAACAGCUCCAGCAACAACAGCAGCAACUGUUGCCGUCACAGCAACAGCACCAACAGUCAAAACAACAUCACCAGCAGAUGCAGCUGAAGCAACAGAUUCUACUGAAGCAACAGAAGUCGUUUUUACAGCAGCAGCAGCAGACUAAACAACUGCAACAAAUCCAGAUACAGACCAAGAUACAUCUGAAGCAACAGCAGGUGCUGAUACAGCAGAAACAGCAGGCGCAGCAGCAGCAGUCGCCACAGGUGUCUCAAGCGUACCUCAACCAGCAGUCAGGCUCAGCUCCCUCUUUCCCUCUGGAUCACCUCAAGAGCGACUCCACCCCGACUCUGGUCUCUGAUAGCAACGGCAACCACUUCCUGAUUGCACUGACCAGUCACAUCACUGAGAACCAAAGAACUGAUGCACAGGGGAGCAAAGCAACCAAUCAAGUCACACUGCAGCGACUACAGUCGACACCCGCCAAGCUCCCCAGCCACAGCCCUGUUCAGCUGCCUAAAGCUGAUAAUCAAACCAAACAGAGCAUGCAUGUGGGAUUUUUGAAACAACAAGAGACAAAGCCACAGAGCGGGGGCCUUCAUGUGUCUGUAGAGCCGCCUCAACAGGAAGUUGCUCAGUGUUUGUCAGCACCUCCCAGUCUGCAGCCUUUCUUCAGGGACCAGGAGACUGCUCCCUCACCUUCCUCUCAAACUGAGUUUUGCCCUGGUCUGGAUGUCUUGUUCAGUCCUCUGACUCCAGCUUCCAUUAAGACCGCUGCCUCAUCGCCUGAUAACAAAGAUGCAGAGCAUGAAGAUGAUUUUAUUGACAUCAUCUUACAGACAGGAGAAAUGUCGACCACCUUCAAACCAGCACCUGAUCCUUCUCUGGACCAUCUACAUCCACACUCCGCUCCUCCCUCCCCACUCCAGCUGUUGCUAUCACCCGCUGCCCCACCCAGCUAUGACACCCCACAGUCGACCCCCUCGGUUCAGUCUGAGCUUCAGACCCAGCUCGACGCCACAGAGGAGAAACAACGCCUCAGCAGCGCUGGGAGCGGACGCCUGGAGGACUUUCUCGAAAGCACCACCGGUAAGCCUCUCCUGGGGGUGGAGCCUGGAGGCCUGUUGACUUUGAUUGAUGACCUCCACAGUCAAAUGCUGUGCACCCCCAGCAUCCUGGACCAUCCCUUGUCUCCAAUGGAUACCUUCGACAUGGCAGCGGAGGGGGAGCAAGGGCUGGACGGUAUGGAUUGGUUGGACGGUAUUGGACUGGUUGGAGAGAAGAGAGAAGAGGCUCCCACACUGGGCCCACUCUGCCCCCAGACACCUUCUAGUGUCUUUUCCGCUGAUUUCCUGGACAGCUCUGACCUGCACAUACACUGGGACUCCUGCCUUUAGCCUACAGACUAAUAAGGGGCUCUGCUGCACUCACUCACACAUUGACUGCUGGGGGUUCAGUAUCUGAUUAGAGCACUCUUUCUGUAUCUUCUCACACGCUGGUGUAUUGAAUCUUCGAGCACUUUGACCUUUAUUUAUUUAAUUUACACUCUGGUGUAUUGAUUCUUUUGUGCAGACACUUAUUAGGCCGGUCCUAAAUCUGUUGUUGCUUCUUUAGCAACACUUCUGUCAACACAUUAGAGGGACUGCUGUGGAUGAGGACCCGAUAGUUGACAAGACACUUUUAACUGAGCCAUGGACCCGUCACUUACAUACACAUUAGUCUCAUCUUUUCUUGAAACCUUGUUUCAAUGAAGGAGUAUAUCGGUUUAUUUGACCUUUGUCUAAUUAGGAGUGCAAAUCCUUUGUUACUUUUUGUUGUAAAGAUAAUCAAUUGUUUACAGCUACAGCUAAUCAAUAACCAAAGUUCAGGUGAAAGACUGAUUUUCUCGCAGCAUAGUUUAUAGGAUGGAGCAAAGAGGUUUGCAGACAAGCUGCCCUCUGAUGCAUGGCCAUAAUUCUGCAUUAAUGUCAUUCAAGGUGAUACUUUUAUGUUGUGAGACGGGGAUUCUCAUGGAUAAUGAGAGGGAUGUCCCGAUACAUCUGUAUCAGAGCUGAUCAAGGCAUUUAUUAACUGAUCAGGACGGGCUAUAUGAGCUAUAUAGAGCCCAAUCUCAUCCUUUGUUUUUCGUCAGCUGUCACACAGGUGUUUUUACUCACUGAGUUUUAAUGCAGAGCAACACAAGAGCCGUUGUCAACUCUCAAACUCUCUGCUGUCUUUUCCCGUCCACUCCGCUGAGCUCCCCAUGUGUAGGAGCAGGGACUGAGCCCCGCCUGCUGCGAAACAUCACACACCACACGAAAACAUAGUAUGAGACUGUUUUUUUUACGCUACUUAUCGAAGUUCUGUGCAGUCUCGUGCAUUUUGCUCUCAUCCAUGGCACAUGGUGUGUUACUGCCUUGCUGGGAGGACAGACAGACAGCAGUGCAGAGCUUGCAACAACCACACUCAACAUGCCACUGCGAAUGCAACAAAAGCUAGGGCCGAACAUUAGAAUUAUAUCAGUUGAAACAGAAUCAGCUGUUGAACACAAAUAUUCAACUUUUUUUUCUUCCUUAUAAAGUUUAAACAGGGCUCAGCGUGAUGUUCAGUGUGACAGCAGCAAUCGUGUAUAUAUAGUAAUGGCGCUAACAAUGGAUUGAAAAUGUGCAGCAACAUUUAUUGACACUAGAUAUCGGGCAAAAGCCAGAGACUGUGUCGUAUUAAGUAUCUGUGAACUGUGAAUUCACCACGUCCAUGCAGAAGAGAGAAGAGACUUGGAGUGAAAAGUUCCUCCUCUUCUGUGCUGCUGCAUCUUGUCCAAAGCUGUCUGUACCAAAGAGUAGCGUGAAAGUCAAGACCGCUCAAAAUGUGGGGACAUCCCUACAGGUACACUGCACAGCACAGUGACUAGCAAGAAGAAAAAAAUAAAUACAGCCUGACUUGAAGCCAUCUCAGUUGGCUGAAGGGUUUCUGACUUGACGAUUCGAAUCUCUCGAGUUUCAAGGGGCAGUCCUGACAAAAGCUAAUAGGCAAAAAGACCAAUAACUAAGUGAUUAAUGGAACUUAAUCCACACACAAGAGGUACAAACAACAGAAAGAAACACUCAGUGGAAUACAGUUCAUUCAGGUAGGCUAACUCAGGUAAGGCUCUCUUAAAAGGACAGAGAAAUUCCCUCGAGACAGCGACAAGGCCGAAAAGAUUAAAGAGAGUGUUUGUGCUUUAAUACUUCAUUUUAACUUUGCAAGAAACUUUGACCGUGUGCCUGCGACCUCCCUUUACUAAGUAUUAAUGGCAGUGUAGCUGCAUUACUGAGGUACGUAGGCCACACACUGUCUGUGUCUACCACAUGUACUACUGUACAUAUAACAGAUGAAUAAUAGGCUAAUAAAUUAACAAUUAAGGAACUUGUUGGAUGCAGGGAAUUUUUUUCUUAUUGCAUUGCAGACAUCUUGUCUUGCAUAGACUGUACAUUGGAUUGAUUUAAACACCUUAAAGCAGUGGUUCCCACCUGGCCACAGGGUCCAGAUUUCUCCUUAAGCCUAGUUCACAUUACACGAUUUUCACCCGGACUUUGCGUCACAGAGACUAUCGUAAUCUUUUGAGUGUUCAUACCUGGCGACGUGUUUCUGUCAGCGGCAGUCUCGCCAACUGCGUUAUGACCUGUGUGUGCACACCACAAGAUUUCUCCACCGAGCCCUCGCCGACAGAGCCCCAGAUAACGCGGUGAUGUCACCAAACUUGGAGACGACACAUGGUAAAGGCAUGGAUAUUCUUCCCAGUGUUGAAUCAGAUCUGCCUCCAGGGCCUGGGUCCAAACACACUGCACUCCUCGUGAUCCUGUGGACGCCGCCAUUGUUGUUGUUUGCCGGUUUGUCAGUGUUGCCAGAUCUUGGGAGAGAAACAAGCAACCAGGGCUAUGGAAACAAGCCCAAAAGAAGCGACGGAUAUAUAUAGAGAAAGGCAACAUUUGGAGAGCAAGCCCAAAUAAGCAGCUCCACUUUAGAAACAAGCCCAAAAAAACGCAACCUGUGACUACCAAUAUUUGUAAGUAUAUAGUAUUUGUUGCUUGCCGGCUUGUCAGUGUUGCCAGAUCUUGGGAGAGAAACAAGCAACCAGGGCUAUGGAAACAACUCCACUUUAGAAACAAGCCCAAAGUCGUGGCUAAUAAGCAGACCUGGCAACCCUGCGGCUUGUCCUCCUCACAUUUCUUCCGUCCUCCUGCGUGCUGACGUGGGACGUAUCCCGCCUCUCAUUGGCUGAUGCUCUUUGUCAGUCGUGUCACACCUCUCCAGUUCUCUAGCAUGCCAGAUAUCCAGUCCCAGUCGCAGACGAGGGGGCAACUUGCUCGUUGGCUUGUCCACACGAGGACUCGUCGUGGCAGACUAUCUGCCAACUCACCUCCGACCCAAGGCGGCUCUCAAGAUCCUCUGCGACGUCAAAACGGUUACUGCACUCAAAUUCAAAAUACUGCCGUGAGUCGUGUCCGCCCCCCUCCCCUACAGAUUCGAGGUUGCUGGACAGCGGCAUGCUGGAGAUUGAUUUGUUUGCCCACGGGCGGCUGCCGUGGCAGGGCUGCGUCGCCGCAUCCUUGAUCUUCGGUUUUCCAGAGGACCGUUCGAGCAAGUCCGGCUUCUCUGCUGCUAACGCUGGUGCCAGGAUACAGCUCAUGAGGAGCCGGCUGCUAAUGCUAUGUACUGGGACACUGCUAAUGCUGCUUGCCGUGCUGCUGUAGCUCAGUCGUAACUGUAACUGAUGCUGAGACUCUACUGACUGCGUGACUGGUAGACGGCGGUGGGUGGCGCAACAGGCCAAAACACAAAUUCAAAACAUAAACAUGAUUUGCGGACCGUAAGUUUUUUUUUAAAUGUGAAUAUUCUGGCUGCACUAUUGUUGUCGGUGAGAUCAGUAUGUUAUAUGAACAUUAUUCCUUAGUCUCUGUGACAUAUUAGGAGGAUUUUAUGACUGUUUGCUUUAUAUUUCUUACAUAUAGCUCCUUUAACAUAUUCAGUAUCUUGCUUGGCCAUGUCGUCGAGCUAGUUUGUUGUCUCUGUCUGUUACAACAGGAAACGACACUUCAAAAUCAAAGCUUGUGCUGGAAAUUUACUGCACUUCAAAAAUAAGGGGUAUUUUUCUUUAAAGUUGACACGUUCACGAGUCACUUGCGGGCCAUUCAGAGUGGACCUGCGACCCACCAGUUGGUAAACACAGCCUUAAAGUACCUGAAAUGCACUGUGCAGGUGUAUUACUAAGGAAAAUAGAAGUAUCGGAUCAGGACUUGGCGUCAGAAGAUACUCUAUAUUAAAUGACUCGGACUGGGAUCAGGGGCAACAAAAUAAAGGUCCAAUUUAUUAGUGACGAGGACUUAAUAUUAAAUAGAUGUGCAUAUUUAAAAUGUGCAUUUCUUUUUUUGUUUGUUUUUAUAUAGAAUUGCACUCUGAAUACGUCACGUGAAGCCAAGUGUCUUAAUAUUUAUUUGACAUAAUGCGACUUUAUAGAUUAAUGAAUUUCUCUAGUAUGAAACUUUCUGAAUGUGGUUGUGUUUACUGCAUCUUACAUGAAGUAUGCAGCCUGAUAUAAGUGUUCACCAUGCUUCAUGUCUACAUACAGUAAAGCACCAACAGGUUUUUGUGUUAACUUUGAAAACUGCCAUACUGUAGUUUCACUCCCUUUCUGUUUGCACUUGUUUUAAUGCAAAAUAUAACAGAAAAGGGAAACUUUAUAGAUUUCUGACAAAUGUCUUCUUAAUGAGGAUUCUUGUAAUAAUUCAGUUGUUGUUCUUAAUGGUGAUGUUUGACUGCUUUGUACUGUAUCAGUACUUUUGCCAAUAGGGAUUUAUUUAUGUCCCUUUCUUCUUUGAGAUUUUAUUGUGCUGUAAUAUACCAGUUCAGACACUGAGAAUGUAUCAUAGGAUGCAUUUGUUUGUAUAGAUUUUCAGAUUUCUUUCUAUGGAACACUGGUAAUGCAGGUUUGUGUGGACUGUGACAAAAUGUCUGUAUUGUGAAUCCAAAGCCUCUCUUGAGAAACUUUUGGACUUUAAACACAAACACAUCAACUCAAGUUCAUUUUUCAUUUGAUGGCAUCUUAUGAAUGCAUUAUUUUACACCUUUAUGCAUCUGUCACCACAGACAUACUACACCUUAGGUUUUACUGUUUGUCCAAUACGACCUCCUUCAUUUUCUGACUUUGCUGUUACAGUCUGGCUGCUUAAAGGCUCACAAAUUUUCAGCUCUGUCUUAAAACAAUAGUCAGGUGCCAAUAUAAACUUUGAUAUAUGUUUUUUAUUGUUACAAUAUGCCCCCCUGUUUGACUGGCUUCCGUUCCUGAUGUGUUUUCAGUUAAAAUGAUGUAGAAAAUGCGAGUUUAUCCUUUGGAGGAACAGCCCAAAACAAAACUCUCAGUUAUGUAGCACAAACGCAAACAGAAACUUUUGUAUUCUUUUGCUUUUAUUAAUACAAAUAAUCUUUUGAGGGAGUAUCCAGUAAAUAGUUAGGUAUCGUAUGCCAGACCUCGGCUAAACACUGCAAACUCAUUUUAAAUAGUGACAACCACAUGUGCCUGAUUCACUCGCUUUUUAUGUGAGAUUUAUGUUUGUUUUUUUAAGGAUUUUCAGUCCCUGACGUGAUGCAUCUCACACACUUUGGCUCUGUCAAACUUGUGAGGACUUUAAAAUAAUUACAAAGUUGUUUUUCUGCUGUAUUAUUCCUGUAAGUGUUGAACCGCCUCAUGUAAAAAUAUUGUGAAAGCAUUAGGAAAUAGUCGUUUGGCUUUGGGCAAAGUGUUUGAGCUGUUUGUUUACUGUGCAAUUUUGAUUUUUCUAAAAACAAA